AUGAAAACACGGAAUCUAGCUAUUUGUGCUUUGUUAGCAUCGAAUUCUUAUGUUAGUGUACCCUGCUCGCCGACAAGUUUAAAUUCUCCAUGGAAGGAUCUAACAGAUCAAAUAAAACAUCAUCUGGUCCCAUGCGCUUGUGAACCUCUACAAUUGAAAAUUGAUAAACUUGAAGUUGCAAAUCAAAAACUAAUCGAAGAAAUUAAUGAGUGCUAUGAAAAAAUUGACCAAAAGCAAGCUAAAAUUGAAAAACAGAAAAAUAAAUUAGAAAAGCGCAAAAAUCAAAUUCGACCACUUGAGGAUCAGAUUGAAGCACAGUAUGAUCAAAUCAGAAUACUUCGCCAUCAAAUUGAAGCAGAAAAAAAUGAAAUAAUAACACUUCGAUAUCGAAUUGGAGCACAAUAUAAUCGAAUUAAAGCACAAAAAAAUCAAACCAGAACACAAGAAACUCAAAACAAACAAAAAAACAGUGUAAUUACAACAAAAAGAAGUAAAAUUCAGCAACGACAAUUUCAAAUUGUAACAUAUAAAUCUGGUAAGCAAGAACAAGCAACAAGUAAUCAGCUUAUUCGAUGUGAUGAUCAGAAUUCUCGAAAAAUACCGAGAAUUUAA